ACAGCAAGCCAUUUCAAUCGCAUUUCAUCAUCUUUUGGGAAACCAAAUACAUGGACUUUAGAUCCAAAUUGUAAUAUCCACGGCAGCGCGUGGCCGUUUGGUACAGCGCAUAAAUGUGGUCCCGCGAAAGCACCGGACUGCCCGCUGAGACCACAGCCACAGCCACAGCUCCUCUCGGCCAUGGCGCUCCGCCCGUUGCUGCUCGCCGCCCUCUGCCUUGGCGCCGCCCGCGCCGUCGUCUUCGAAGGCGGCGAUCCCUUCCGAGAAGACGCCAUUUGCUCGCCCCCGGAGAGCAGCCGGCCCGUGGGGCUAUGCAAGCGGCCGCACUCGUGCCCGGUGAACCGCGACGGGUCGUGGCUGCCCAACUGCGGGCUGCCCGGCGCGGACGCCAACAUGCAGUGCUGCGCGCACCCGUCCCUCCCGCACCCGCAGGGCGGCAGGCGCAGCAGGCGAGCCUGCCUGCAAUUCACAAAGGCGAAACAGCACUGCGACUUCCAACCUCCUGCUGCCGGUUCCGAAGUUCGCAUAGGAGAUUUUCCUUAUUUCGCUGGGCUGGGCUACAAAACAAGGACUGGCGAUGGAAAAACGAGCUGGGCGUGUGGCGGGGCCCUCAUCAGCGAGAACUUCGUUCUGACAGCUGCAAACUGUGCCCGCGGGUCUCCUUCAUUCGGCGCUCCCGCUAAGGUGCGGCUGGGGGCGGUGACGUUUCGCGAGGGCGAAGGCGCAGGCCCCGACGCGCAGGAACUGGACGUCGCGCAGGUCAUCCUGCACCCUGCCUACAACGCCUCCUCCACCCGCAACGACAUCGCGCUCCUGCGGCUGGCCGACAGCGCGCGCCUCACGCGCGCCGUGUACCCGGCCUGCCUCUUCCCGGAGACGCGUCUUCCCAUCCAAAGGGUCGUGCUCGCCGGCGCUGGCGCUCGCUCUGCCGAGAGAAAUGUUGGCAAGCUCUCUAAAGUUGAUCUUCCUGUGGUGCCGUUUGAAAAAUGUCAAGACAUUUACAAAAAUUCAAAUACAUACAUUGAUGAAUUGACUACAAUAUGUGCCGGAGAGAAGGGAAGGGAUGCAUGUGUUGGAGACUCUGGAGCCCCAGUUGUUCAAAAGGAAGCAGCACCUCUCUGCAAUUAUCAGAUUGUUGGGAUCACUUCCUUUGGAUUUAGACAAUGUGGCUCACAACCAGCAGUAUACACGAAAGUACAGGCGUUUCUACCGUGGAUUGAAGAAACUGUCUGGGGUAGAACCACCCAGCUCCUCUCGGCCAUGGCGCUCCGCCCGUUGCUGCUCGCGUCGCCCUCUGCCUCGGCGCCUCCCACGCCGUUCGUCUUCGAAGACGGCGCCCCCUUCCGAGAAGAGGCCGUGUGCGCGCCAGGGGACAGCGACCGGCCCUCGGGGGCGUGCAAACCCCCGGGCGCCUGCCCCGCGGGCGGCAAGGACGCGUCUGACUGCGGGCUGCCCGGCGCCGACCUGCGCUGCUGCGCGCUGCCCGCCUCCUCUUCUCCGCUCGGCGGCGAGCGCAGCCGGCAAGGCUACAAAACGAAGUCUGGCAACCAGAAGACACGCUGGCAUUGUGGCGGAGCUCUCAUUAGCGAGAAUUUCGUGCUGACAGCGGCUCACUGCGCCCGAGGGUCCUCAUCAACCGGCAGCCCCGACAAGGUGCGCCUGGGGGGCGUGUCCUUGAGCGAGGACGCAGGCGUGGGCGCCGACGAGCAGGAGCUGGACGUGGCGGAGAUCCUCGUGCACCCUGCGUACAACGCCUCCUCCGUUUCGAACAACAUCGCGCUCCUGCGGCUCUCGGGCAAUGCGCGACUCACGCGCGCCGUGCAGCCGGCCUGCCUCUUCCCGGAGGCCCAGCUGCCCGUGGGCAGGCUGGUGCUCGCCGGCCACGGCGCUCGCUCCACCGACGCAAAAGAUGUUGGCACACUCUCUAAAGUUGAUCUUCCUGUGGUGCCGUUUGAGAAAUGUAAAGAAAUUUACGAACAGUUUCGCAAAAAUAUUGAUCAGUCAACCACAGUAUGUGCUGGAGAGAAGGGAAGAGAUGCAUGCGUUCCCCAAUUGUUGCAAAGGAAGGAGCACCAACAUGCAAUUACCAGAUUGUUGGAAUCACUUCCUUUGGAUUCAGACAAUGUGGCUCUCAACCAGCAGUAUACACGAAAGUACAGGCGUUUCUACCGUGGAUUGAAGAAACUGUAUGGGGUAAAAAUUAACAACGAGUUACUCGUCAAUAAUCUGUUUUCCGGCCAAGAUGAUAAGUUGUUAUUACUAGAAAAAUACUGUUCAAUUCUGUACAGAUGCCGAAGUACAUCAUAUUUCAAAUUUAUAUAUGAAAAAUUUAUGUUUGUAUUAUGUUUGAAAGAAAUAAAGAUUAUAAAGAUUGUUGACAAAGAAAGCAAUGCCUUCCAGGCGUUUAACCAACUUCCAGGAGCAGCUGGUCUAGGCUACAAAACGAAGUCUGGCAACGGGAAGACCAGCUGGUUGUGUGGCGGAGCCCUCAUUAGCGAUAAUUAUGUGCUGACAGCGGCAAACUGCGCUCAUGGGACACCAUCUUUAGGCGGUCCUGUCAGAGUGCGCCUGGGGGGCGUGUCCUUGAGCGAGGACGCAGGCGAGGACGCAGGCGUGGGCGCCGACGAGCAGGAGCUGGACGUGGCGGAGAUCCUCGAAAUUGGAACUCUUCGUAAAGUUGAUAUCCCUGUUUUCCCAUUCAAGAAGUGUUCAGAAAUAUAUAAAAGGUUCCCACUCGUUGAUUCAACUGUACUAUGUGCUGGAGAGGAAGGAAGAGACACAUGCCAAGGAGACUCUGGUGCGCCCCUUGUUGUAAAGGAAGGUGCACCGAUUUGCAAUUACCAGAUAGCUGGCAUCACAUCCUUGGGAGCUGGAGUAUGUGGUUCUAAACCUGCAAUUUACACAAAAGUACAGGCUUAUCUGCCUUGGAUUGAAGAAACAGUUUGGAAAUAAAUAGUCAGAUUUUUUACAAGUGUAACACUGAAAACUUAAAAAAUUAAAUGUAACAUGUGAACUGAUCUGAUUUAUAAAUAAAGUAUUUUUUUCUCUUUCCAUCAAUAAUGAUAAUAAUAAUAAUAAUAAUAAUAAUAAUAAUAGUAAUAAUAAUAAUAUUUGUUAUGUAUAGGAAUGUCGUCAGGUUCAUCUAUUUUUGAAGUACUUUCAAUUUGUGGUCUAGGUUUUCUUCUCUUGCUAAGACGGCUAUGUAAUCAGCGUAAAGGAAUUAUUGAUGGGCGAAUACAGGGUUACCGAUCUGGUAGCAGCACAGAAUAACCCU